AUGGCUCGGCUGUCAGGUCUCCAAAGGCAGGUGCUGUCUCUGUAUCGGACAUGCUUGAGAGAAGCCGGGAAGAAACCCAUUGAGACGAGAGAGAAUUUCAGAGCAUAUGCUAGGGCCGAAUUUCGAAAGAACUCCUCUGUUAGCAAGAAGGAUUUCGGUGCGAUAGAGUAUCUACUACGGAAGGGGCAGAGGCAGCUUGAGAUGUACUCAUCCCCCGGGAUUCGCAAUAUCCGGUGA